GUGCUCUAGCUAUUCAGGUUCAGGUUCAGGUUUUCCAAUAAUGCAAGCAUCAUCGUGCGGUUGAUUCUACCUGGUAGCUUAGCAGGGCUGCUGCAAGCGCCGUGCUUGGGCGAGCCAACAGAGAAGGGUGGAAGAAUACAGUUCCUGUAUGCGCACGUGCCUCAGACUCCUCCCAGCUGGUGGGACAGGCAAGGAUCCAAGACUCCGCUGAUUGGGGGUCACCGCAUUGAUAGGAUAUUGCGGGCAGCAAUGCUGAUGGCCUUUCGUCAUUCAGCAGGUCUGCCCUAGCUCUCAACCUCAGACAUUGGAUUCCGCUGAUUAAGCGAUGCUAGGGCCUCCGUAGGGCCUGUUUCUCUGGCCAUUCCAAUCCCUCAAUCGCGUCCCCAGUCAUGGCAACCAGGCAGGGGGAGGCGUCCGUCAGCAAUGAAGACGGAACUGCUGUGUCCGAAACCCCCUUGGACGCAUUGGGGAAGGCAGAAGCUGCAGCCGACGCAGCCGCAUUUGUUGCAGGCAAGCUGGAGGAUCUCCGGAAGGCAGUGGAAAACAACAAGGACUCCUUUGACAAGGCAUUUGCCAGUGCGUUGACGGGGGUGCUGAAUGGCCUGACCGCGGUGCCCUAUGUUGGGAUUGUAGCGCAGAUGGCCAAGUCGGUGCUGGAGCACGUUCACAACCACUCGGCCGUGCCUAGGAAAUUGGCAAAAAUGCUUAGGUGGUUCCAGGAGCAGGAUUUGGACAGGGUCCUUGGGAGCGUGCCGCAAGGAGCGGCCUCGCUGCUAGAGUUGAAGAAGACCAUGGUGGAGGCAGAUCUAAUCGCACAGACGAUCAAAGGGAAGGGCUGGGGCAACCGCUUCUUCCUUGCGGCGCCCUAUGAGGCGGAGCUGAAGGGAAAGCUGGGCAGUUUGAAGGAGGUGAGGGCCAACUUUCCGCUGGAAGCGACCUGUGACAAUGUUGAAAUGUUAAUUUCGGUACUAGCGCUUUUGCAGUCAAGCAGACCGGAAGCAACCGCAGCCAAGCACAAUGUGCCGGAGGUGGGCCCUUUUUUUGUGGGGCGGGAGGAGGUCCUUAAGGAGAUGUCCGACGCGCUGUGGGGGGGUGCAGAGACCAGCGCAGGCUCCCGUAUAAUUGUGUGCCUCUGGGGGAUCGAGGGCAUUGGGAAGACAGAGCUGGCGUGCAAGUACUCCCACGAAAAUCUGAGCCGGUACGGGAAGGUGCUGUGGGUCGACGUCCAACGCAAAGGGGCGCAGGGGGGCUACGCGGCUUCAGGGGGGGAUGUCUUGGGGUUGACCCAAGGUCCCGGCGAGCAACUAGAGGACUACGUGAAGCGGGUCAGGCUGACGCUGGAGAAUCAAACGGAGCCUUUCCUUCUGGUUUUUGACGGGGCUGGUGGGGAAACCCUGUCGGAGCUGCAGGCGUUGUUGCCAGGAGAGCGCCAGGCGUGCCACGUGCUCGUCACGACUGCGGACGAUCUGGCUCUGCGGCAACAUGGGGCGGUGCCAGUGGCUGUAGAAAGUCUUGGUAGGGACGAGGCGCAGGCGCUGCUGAAACGGGAGCUGAUUAUGGAGAGCGCAUCGCGGAGUGGGGAAAUCCUCGAUGAAGUGGCAAAGCGGCUGGGGUAUCUUACGAUUGCUUUGACAGGAGCGGCUUCUUUGCUGGAACGGCGCUUGUUCGAGCGCAAUCCGUUCGAAAAGUUUCUAGCAGAGGUGGGCGAGCUUGGAGGUGUGGGGCCGGCGAACAGAGUGUUGGGGCUCAAUCUUCGCUUCCUGGAAAGAGGAAUUCCCCUCGGGCCCAACAUUGUGGUGCUCCAGUUUGCCUUUUACAUUGCCAUGGUAUCCGGGUGGUUUGGGGAAGGGCCUGUUCGCAUCGAGCCUUUGCUGGAAGCAGCAAAAAGGCUGGUUGCGGCAGUCCGCGCAGAGACGGAAGCGAGUGACGACGAAGCAAACAUUGAGUUGGACAUGAUCUACCAUUCUCUGCCCACUCAACGAACAGCAGAGGCUGAAGAAGGUGCUGAACAAAAAAAGGUUACCAGCUUGACCUUCCACGUGCUCUUUCUUGAGUACGUGAGGCGCCAGGACGGGGUGGACGCGGCCAGAGCGGCAACUCUGGCUACGGUUGCGGGCAUGGAAUGCGCCGCGGGAACAUUGCAGCAGUUCCGGGGGGUUUGGAACGUGGUGGUCAAGCUUCUGGGCGCCCUCGACCGUUCGGAGUUGGAGAAUGCUCGUAGGGUUGGGGCCAAGUACGCAGGAUAUCUCCUGGGCGAUGGUGGCGAUUGCAAGACGGCUGAAGCGGUGCUCGAGAGCGGUCUCGAAACGUUGGGGGAGGGAUCGCGGGGUUGGGAGUGGAGGCUUCAACUCGCGCAAGCCCUGAACCGAUCCGGGGGUUACGCUCGUGCCGCGGAGAUUGCCGAGGGUGUGGUCAAGGAAGUUGAGGACACAGAUGCAGCUCCCCCAGCUCCCCCAGCUCCCCCUAUCGAAAGAAAGCGGAAGCAGAAUACCAAGCGGUGGCUCUGUUGCUUUGGACGGCAAGAUGGGGGUCCGGGUCCAGAAGUCGAUGGCGGGCUUGACUUGGUCAACACUGGUCUGGUUCGGGCACGAGCGUGGCAGGUGCAAGCAACUAUCCAUGAAAGUUAAGGGAGGCAUGCAGAAGCGCUUCAGCUCCUCGGGCAAAGCCUGCUUGCCACGGAGAAGGCCCUAGGGCCGGACCACCUCGACGUGGCCCCCGCGCUGAAAAGCAUGGCGGCCGUGCUCCAGAGCCAAGGCAAGUUGGACGAGGCGCUGCCGCUGCUCCAGCGGGCGCUUCGCAUAGAUGAGACGGCUCGGGGACCGGACGACCCCCACGUGGCUAUCACGCUGCACAGCCUUGCGGCCCUACUCGGCGACCAAGGCAAGUACGAGGAGGCCCUUGCGCUGUACGAGAGGGCGCUCGCAACCCGGGAGAGGGCCCUGGAUUUGGAUCACCCCACGUGGCUGUCACGCUGAAUAGCAUGGGGGCCCUCGUUUGUAAGAAAGGCAGGGACGAAGAGGCGGUGCCGCUCUUCAAGAGGGCGCUUGGGAUCCGGGAGAAGGCGCUCGGCCCCGCACAUCCCGACACGAAUACCCUAAGGUCUGACUUGGAGGACGCGGAGCGGAAGGUGGCUCAGAUGGCAUUGCGCACGGACCAGGGGAUGGGCUCGUCGGUCGGCGAAGAUACUGCGGAGAGCCGCAGUUCGGGAGCUCAGGGAACGGUCAAGUAGUAAGAGCAAUCUUUGAGAGAUCAUUGAGAGGGCCUCUCAUGCCUGGAGCUGUGUAGUAGAGUUCUAGACAGGAAGCCUGUGUUAGCCUUUGCGUACAGACAACCGAAACUUAUCCAACUUGUUGUGGAAUCGCAUCGAUCGUGUCCGAGGUUGAUAGAUGGAUAGGACUCGUGUUGAGCCUUGAGAAACAAUAAAGGGUGGUGCAAAAUGGAACUUGCAUGGCAGAACGAUCCGACCAAUCUACCAUUCUGACUAUGAAAGGGCGCCACAUGCAUAUCCAGAUCGUUCGUGG